ACUGUUAUAUCUGUGAUUUUCUGACAUACACUCCUCAUUUAAAUGGUCUAGAAAUCAUCAGUAUUAGUUGUGUGUUUGUCCCUGAUGUGUUGACUGAAUGCACUGAUUGAACACGUUUUUCUCUCCAUGUUUGUGGAUCAGGAUCUGACAACUCUGACUUCCAUCCCAUGGACCUGCUGUCUGGCGGCAUCACUGAGUACCGGUUUGGAAGCUUCAAGUAUCGGGGCGUCUUUUGUGACGUGGCUCAGUGCACACGGCUGGAUACCGAACACCCGGUAUUGGUCAAGAUCUUGAAGAAGACGGCCACAGACUCCCAGCAGCCCAACAGAGAGCUGGACGUUCUGAAGAGGAUCCGAGGACUUGACCCCCUCCACAUUGUCAGGUUCCUUGAUGACUUUGACUGCAAAGGGCAAACUUGUCUAGUUUUUGAAACGCUGGACAAGAGCCUUCACAAGCUGUUGAGGGAGAGACGUGGAGAACCUCUGUCACUUGGAGAAAUCAGACCCAUUACACAGCAGCUGCUCUCAGCUCUCUGCACUCUGAAGACUGCUGGCAUCGUUCACAGAAACAUCAACCCACAUACUGUGAUGUUGAUGAAACAGGAAGACCAGCAGAACUUCACAGUGAAACUUACUAGUUUCAACUCAGCCAUCCCAGUUGGUGAAGUGAAGAGCAGCUCCGUCAAGCAGCUUGUUGGAUACAGGUGUCCUGAUGUUCUUGUGGGUCUACCCAUCUCUGAGGCAGUGGAUAUGUGGUCAGUGGGUGCUGUUCUGUCCACCUUGUUCCUCGGCAGCCCGCUGUUCCCUCAGAGGUGUCAGUAUCACCUGAUGAAGAUUUUGGUGGAGACUCUGGCUAACCCAGAGAAUGAGCUUCUGAGUGAAGGCCCCAACAACCAGCUCUACUUCAAGUCCACGGAGCACACAUGGACACUGAAGCUGGAUCCAGAUGUGGACAGUUAUGAGAUCAAACUGUUCGCAAGCCUCCUAAAGAAGAUGCUGCAUCUGAAUCCAGAGAGCCGAAUUUCACCAAGUGAGGCUCUGCAACACCCGUUUCUGUUCUACAGCAAGGAGGACAACAGCUCUCAUGACAUGGUCUCAGCUCCCUCCGAGGCUGCGGCCUCCUCUUCGGGUGACACCGUUUCACCUCCUGAUGAGGGUUCAGAGAGCUCUGCCUCAGAUGAAGCUGCUUUUUUGGCCGACGCUGCCACCUCCUCUACGGGUGACACUGUUUCAGCUCCUAGUGAGCCUUCAGAGAGCUCUGCCUCAGAUGCAGCUGCUGUCGUGGCCGACGCUGCCGCCUCCUCUUCGGGUGACACCUUUUCACCUCCUGAUGAGCCUUCAGAGAGCUCUGCCAUACUGGACACAGAGACAACUUGUGCAGAAGAACAUCCAGCAGAGUCUCCAGAAGCAGAUCUUAAUGAGUCUGCGGUCUCCUCUGCUUCACCCAUCACCGUUCAGACUGACCUGAAUGACGCUGUUUCAGCUGAUCAAGGUCCAGCAGAAACUCCCACUACUGCUGAACUGAAUGGUGAAGUGGUGGCUGAAGCUCCUGACACCAGAAAGGCUCCGAGGAGGCCUCUGAAAAGAGUCAGGAGAUUUUUUGGCAGAGUCUUCAGAUCUCUGUGCAGUUGUUGCUCUGUACAAGUUACAGAGUAA